AUGUCUGGCGGUAUCGCUGCAGGUCGUUUAGCCGAAGAACGGAAAGCCUGGAGGAAAAACCAUCCAUUUGGUUUUAUAGCAAAACCUUCGUCAAAUCCCGAUGGCACGAGGAAUCUCUUUAUCUGGGAAUGUGCCAUUCCUGGCAAGAAAGGAACUAUAUGGGAAGGCGGUCUAUACAAGGCGAAUUUUAUUAGGAUGCAGUUUAAAGAUGACUAUCCCUCUACACCACCGAAGUGCAAAUUCGACCCUCCUUUAUUUCACCCGAAUGUAUAUCCAUCAGGAACCGUUUGUUUGUCGAUAUUAGAUGAGAAUAAGGAUUGGAAACCAUCUAUAAGUGUACGACAACUCCUGAUUGGCAUUCAGGAUCUUCUAACAAACCCGAAUGUUGAUGAUCCUGCUCAAGCCGAUGCCUAUCAAAUUUACUGUCAGAAUAGAGUAGAGUACGAAAAACGAGUUCGACGUCAGGCACAACAGUUUUCUGCUGAAAUCGUUCAGAGGCAAAUGUUAGAUAACUGA